UGUCACUCAAAGUACCCACGCUCGUAAUUAAUGGGUAGCUCUUAGUCUCGAUAUAAUUAAAACAGGCGAGUAAUAUACACAUUCACCCUACCCUCUAUGGGGAUACAUAUCCUAUGUGUAUACGUAAAGAGUCUAUGUAGCCACCCUGGGAACAAACGGACACUUAUGGAGUAGGCUUUUUGUUUACUUUUUGUUUAAGGGGAAGCCCGUCCCUUCUUGGUCCUUUUUCGCGGGAGUUCAUCAAUGGGCGGGGUCAUACGGUGGUACAGAGGAUUCUAUUGGACAGAUGCACGUUUAUGCCAUAUACGCAAAUGAGCGCGCACCGAGUUGGCCAAUCGCAUGUCACGCUUUAGUUGUAUCCGGCUCACAGUGGCGCGAAAAUCCCUCUGUCGUUUGGCUUGACUGCAGCCGGGCUGACAGUGUGCGAACCUCUACAAGAUUUUAAGGUUACUAACGCAGAAGAAAUAAUCGCACAUAAUGGCAACUGAUGUCGUAGAUGACCGGGAGAUGAGGGAGGCCCAGAGGGAUUACCUAGACUUUCUGGAUGAUGAUCAAGACCAGGGGGUUUACCAAAGCAAAGUCCGGGAAAUGAUCAGCGAGAAUAAGGCUCGACUCCUCGUCAACAUCAACGAUCUGAGGAAACGCAACGAGGCCCGGGCCGCAAAGCUGAUGAACAAUGCCUUUGAGGAGCUGCUGGCUUUCCAGCGGGCUCUCAAAGACCUCGUGGCCUCAGUGGACGCCACGUACGCCAAGCAGCAUGAGGAGUUCUUUAUCGGUCUGGAAGGCAGCUUCGGUUCCAAGCAUGUCACCCCUCGUACCCUGACCUCCCGGCUGCUGGGCAGCAUGGUGUGUGUGGAGGGCAUCAUCACCAAGUGUUCUCUCGUGCGUCCCAAAGUGGUGCGCAGUGUCCAUUACUGCCCGGCCACCAAGAAGACAAUGGAAAGGAAGUACACAGACAUGACCUCCUUAGAUGCUUUCCCCUCCAGUGCCAUCUACCCCACCAAGGAUGAGGACAACAAUCCUCUGGAGACAGAGUUCGGUCUGUCCGUCUACAAGGACCACCAGACCAUCACAGUGCAGGAGAUGCCAGAGAAGGCUCCUGCUGGCCAGCUGCCACGCUCUGUGGACAUCAUCCUGGACAAUGACCUGGUGGACAUGGUCAAACCGGGAGACAGAGUGCAGGUCAUUGGAACGUACCGCUGCCUGCCUGGCAAGAAGGGGGGGUUCACCUCCGGCACAUUCAGGACCAUCAUGAUAGCCUGCCAUGUCAAACAAAUGAGCAAGGAGGUGUCCCGCAACCUCUCUGUAGACGAUGUGGUCAAGAUCAGGAAAUUCAGUCGCACUCGCUCUAUAGAUGUGUUUGACCAGCUGGCUCAUUCCCUGGCUCCCAGUAUCCAUGGCCAUGAGUACAUCAAGAAGGCGAUUCUUUGCAUGUUGUUGGGUGGUGUGGAGAAGGUCCUAGAAAAUGGCUCCCGCAUCAGAGGAGACAUCAACAUCUUGCUCAUUGGUGAUCCGUCAGUAGCAAAGUCCCAGCUUUUGCGUUACGUACUCCACACUGCGCCCAGAGCCAUCCCCACCACAGGACGAGGCUCCUCUGGUGUGGGUCUGACUGCUGCUGUCACCACUGACCAGGAGACUGGUGAGCGUCGUCUGGAGGCGGGCGCCAUGGUGCUGGCUGACCGUGGCGUGGUGUGCAUCGAUGAGUUUGACAAGAUGUCCGACAUGGACCGCACGGCCAUCCACGAGGUGAUGGAGCAGGGCCGCAUCACCAUCGCAAAGGCAGGCAUUCACGCCCGCCUCAACGCCCGCUGCUCUGUGCUGGCAGCUGCCAACCCCGUCUAUGGCAGGUAUGACCAGUAUAAAACCCCCAUGGAGAACAUCGGCCUCCAGGACUCGCUGCUGUCACGUUUCGAUCUCCUUUUCAUCGUGCUGGAUCAGAUGGACCCUGAACAGGACCGUGAGAUCUCAGACCACGUGCUGAGGAUGCACCGCUACCGUGACCCCCGUGAGCAGGAUGGAGCAGCUAUGGCUCUGGGUGGGACAGUGGACAUCCUGGCUACUGAAGAUCCAGACGCAGUAACAGAGGAGCACGAGGAGCUGCAGGUCUAUGAGAAACACAACAACCUGCUGCAUGGAAGCAAGAAAAAGAAGGAUAAAAUAGUGAGUAAGGAGUUCAUGAGGAAGUACGUCCACAUUGCCAAGGCUGUGACUCCUGUGCUGACGGAGGAAGCAGCCAAUCACAUUGCAGAGGAGUACUCGAGGCUGAGGAGCCAGGAGCAGCUGGGCGCCGAUAUUGCCAGGACCUCUCCGGUGACGGCCCGAACACUGGAAACACUGAUCCGUCUGUCCACAGCACACGCCAAGGCCCGCAUGAGCAAAGCUGUGGAGCUGGAGGACUCUGAAGUGGCUGUGGAGCUUGUCCAGUUCGCCUACUUUAAAAAAGUUCUGGAGAAAGCGAAGAAGCGUUCGAGAAAGGAGCGGGACUCGGAUUCAGAGGAGGAAGAGAACGAAGAGGCGUCCACUCAGCGUUCACAGCGGACUCUGAGGAAGAGGGGGCGUCAGAGCUCUCAGGACAGCCAUCCCUACAGCCCGUAUGACUUCACUGAGCAGGAUGUCCCUGAGAUUCAGGCCGGCACCCCUAAAGCAGCCAAGCCACAGCAAGAGGAGGAGGAGGAGCCCAUGGAUGCCACGUCCCAGGCCAAAGACCCUGAGCUCUCUUCAGAAAGGAUAAAAGAGUUCAAGUCGUCCCUGUUCGCAGUGUUCCAGUCUGCUCAUGCUCAGUCUGUCAGCUUGAACACGCUGAUGGACGACAUCAACAAAGAGCGUCAGAAUCGGUUCACGGAGAACGAGGUUCACGCCGCUUUGGCUCGCAUGCAAGACGACAACCAGGUCAUGGUGGCUGAUGACAUCAUCUUCCUCAUUUGAUGGAGGAAUAGGAGGAUGACUUUCAGAAAUCAGUAACACCGGCUCCACGAGAAGCAGCAGUUUGUUUGUGUCAGUCUAUCAGUGUAAAAGCAUCAAAUGUUAUUCAGUUAUGUGCUUGUUUCUGUUCAGGUAAUGUUACUUUAUAAUGUCCUUAUUACGAAUCCACAGACUGUUUUCAUGCUCAACAGAAAUCUGUUCAUAAGAGCUCACAGUAAUUUUACCACCACUUAUGUUGCCUGUGUUUGUAUAUAGUUGAAAACAAGUUGAUUAACUGUAGUCGUGUAAUAAAAAUAAGAAAUCGUGCUUUGGUAAUGACUUUGAU